GUCAACUGAUGAACUGACAGUUAGGAAAAGGAAUGUUGUGUUUGCACAUUGAAUGAUUAAAUUUUUUAUAUAAAAGUUUAAUUCUGUUAGUAUUUUAUUGAACCCUGGUGAUCUUAUUCUUUUGAAAUGUUUAGCUCAUUAAUUUUAAAUCAAUUGUCUAGAUUGACGCUAAGUUCAGCCUCAAAACUAUCAUUGAAUACGAGAAAUAUUAGCAGUUCAGCGGUGGUACAGUUUAGAAUCACAGAUCAGUUAUGUGCAGAACCAUUGAAAAAGAAGAAAAAGGUGGAUCCAGCUAUCAUCAAGGCCAGGGAGGAUAGGAGACGCAAGAAACUGGAGAAACAAAUUCGCAAACUCCAGAAAAAUGCCAGACAGUUGAAACCAAUUGAGGAGAUAGAACCACCAUUGCAUCUUAUGGAUCAAAUGGGAAAACGUAAAAGGCCACCUGUAGUACUGUCUGCAGAAGAAACAGAGAGUCGGGCGCUCCUUCUGAAGGAGUGGACUCGGUACAAGAAACAAGAGUACAUGGCCAAUGUUGCUCAGAUAGACAGAAUAAUGGCUGCACAGAGAAGAGCUCUUGAUAUGUUGUACGAAGAGUCUGAAGAUCUUUACAAUGAAGCUAUUAUGCCCGACCUACAACUGGUGCCGUGUUCUUUCACCAGCACAUUUUCUACUCCACCAAUAAAGAAUUAUGAAUCACCUGAUGGAGAAUACAUAGACGUUUCCAAAAAAUGGGGAACUAAAUGAAUUUUUAUAAUUUAGAUACCAAUUUAUUUAGUAAGUAUCAAUAAAAUAUAGUUA